UUCCACGCGCAACGCAAGUGUGUCAAUGUGUUGACUGUUUGUCGUUUCUUUAUUUUUUAAACUUCAUUCACCGUACAAUUCGAACAAUCAUUCGUUCGAAAAGUGAAUGGAUGAACUAGUGGCUAUAAAAGGCGACUUCUUUUCAUGAAGGACCAACUGAGAGCAGUUCUCUACCGAGUUGAUUGUGAUACAUUUUCUUUUAAGUUUAAAAUGCAACUAAAAAAGCUGAACGUCCGUUGAUAAUACUCGCUAUUAACAUUCAGAUGUUCAUGAAAUAAGACUAGGGGAUAAUAUUAUAUGUAUAACAGCAGAUUUUUCAAAAAUCGUUGAAAUUUUGAAAUAUUUUGAUUCAUCGAAUAAUAAAAAUACGAUCCGUAUUUUAUAUGUUUUUAAUGGUGAGGAUUACAUAAACUGGUUGAUUAGAGAGACUGAGCCGAAAUUAGUGAGACCAUUCGGUGAAUUGCGCGAAAACAAGUUCAUUUCACAGUGAACGAGGAACGAAGAAAUGCGGUAACAAGAAUCAGGAGAUAAUGUUGCUGGACGUGAGCUAUAACAGGCUUUUAGGCACGUUGCCAGCCAAAGGGCUGCUAUGGGUUUGCCUGCUAACAUGGACGAUCUCAUCAAGCCGGGCAAUCGAUGUCUACUGUUGCUCAGAUCGCUUGAUUUGGUCGUCUUUGAUGAAAUGCUCCGAUGGCUCGAAAAUUCAUCUUACAUGCCCAUCCGGUAGUUACCUAAUCGACCCCGAUACGUAUCCGACAGACAACUUCACUGUACUUUAUGAGUAUGGAAGACCAUGGUUACAUUUUUUGGACACGGAAUACGAUAAAAUAGCAGCGAAUAGGUUCUGCGUGGCAAAUCGGGGGAAUGAUAGCUCGCAAGUCGCUUUAGUAUGUUUUGAAAGCGAAUAUAAUACAGAGAUAAGGGAAUGGAAGAACAUAUUGUUCUGUAUCCUUAGUAUUAUAUCAGCUAUUUUCCUGAUCGUCACACUAGCAGUUUAUGCUUUGCUACCAGAAUUAAGAGAGGUUCAAGAUAAGGCGAUGAUGGCUGUGGUCACAUCAUUAGCAGUCAGCUAUAUCAUUCUUUCUAUUCAGAAUUUAAGGUCGCAAGAGGAAGGCGACUAUACGAUAUGUAUUUCUUUAGGAUUCAUCUUAUAUUUUGGUUUUAUGUCUGUUUUCUUCUGGUUAAACAUCGUUUCGUUUAAUAUAUGGAAAACAGUUUGGUUUAAGGAUUUCGUGAUCAGAGAUAAACCGCUUUUUAUAACUUACUGUAUUAUUGGAUGGGGUGGGCCAAUAUGCUUCUUGAUAGUAAGUUUGAUUACUCAUCACAUAAAAGGACAUCAUUUAAAACCCGGUUUCGGAGAACGAACCUGCUGGUUUAGUGGCUCGGAACAAACGUGGGCGUAUUUUUAUGGGCCAAUCGCGAUUUUAUUGACGUUGAAUGUUAUCUAUCUUGGCUUAACUGGGUGGCGAUUGUGGCAUCAGUAUCGUAACUAUAGCGAGAGCAAGUUACGAGUACUCCGUUUCAAAUGCCUUCUUUACGUGAAAUUAAUAUUCGUCAUGGGUAUUACAUGGAUCUUUGAAGUGAUUUCGUACGCCGAUCAGACUAAAAAUGAUUUAUGGAUACCAACGGAUAUACUGAACGCGUUACAAGGCUUCAUAAUAUUUCUAUUAUUAGUCGCGAUGCGAAAGCGUGUAAGAAAGCUGUUGGCAAAAAAGAGACCUUGUGGAAUCGGUUUUCCAAAAUCUUGGACAGCUUACGAGGACGAAGAAUGUGAAGAAGUACUACCUGAAGAAGUUGAAUUAUCGCAACAUGAUUAGUGUUUUUAAGAACCUUCUUUUCUUUCACUGAUAGGACGUAUAGUUUUUAUACAACUACGCUCAAUUAGUCAGAGGUGAUCAGGAAUAAGGACAGCGACACUAAAAAAUAGUCUUAUUUAAGCAAAAUAGCUAUACAAAGAUGCUAUAUAAUUCAAUACUCUUUACCACCUUGUAGCUAUCUUACCAUUAGCCUAGUCGGCAUUUUUUAUAUUGAAAGCAUGCUGUUCAUAGUUUCGAUCGUCGUAUACGUAAUGGUAAUUAUCUUAGAAUCUCUAGAAACGUUGCCGAACAACAAAUACCGUGUUAAUUACUGUAUCACUUAUUAUCGCGCGACUAAUUCUAUCGAUUGUGAUUUAGCUAGAGAAAAUUAUUAGUGUUUGGCUUUAGUAUAUUUCUCAAGACGUCAACGAGUUAUCGUGGCAAUUUUGUAUAAUUACUUUAUUGUUUCCUCCGAAAGCACUCGUAUCAAACUUUCUCAUUCUAGUCGAUUGACGUGGUACCACUUCCGAGUUGACGAUUCAUUUAAAAUUACGUGUGCCUCUGACGUCUUUUGACUAUUAAAAACGUGUUAGUUGAGACAUAUUGCAAACGUUAAACCACGUACACCGAAGCAUAUGAAACAUUUGUUAUUCAUCUUCUAAAAUAUAACUAAACCAAAAGAAACAAAAAUUGCGAUAAGAAUAAAAAUAAUUAUUGAUAGUAAUAAAAUGAAGAGUCAUUUUUGUGAUUGGCGUCAUAUCAUUACCAUAAUUUUUAAUAUUAUUUUGCAUAAAUUCUACGACUUUUUUGUAAAAAUCAAAAUUACUUUAAUUCUUGAUGGAAAUAAUUUGCAUAUAGCGAAUUUUAUAAUUUAGAAAAAUUUACAAAAGGAAAUCUACGGUAUAAAAAGAAAAUCAAUAUUGGAUCAACAUUGUCACAGUCGCAUUAUUCAUUGAAUGAAACUGUUACGAUAAUUAAACGGAACAACGUGUGCAAGUAAUCAAGUAGUCUAUAAAAUAAAGACGUGAUAAACGAGAAUGCUACAAAGGAACAACGUAUUGACUGGACUGCCCACACGUUACUAUGAGUAAUACGCGCAUCGAUUAUACAGAGAUGAGGAUUUACAUUGUCGUGUGCCACACAUACGAAUACAACGCGUUUUGCAUGCUAAUGAAACAAUAUAUUAUUGAUCAAUAUUUUAUUAAUGCAAAGAGUGUUGCAAUAAGAAACGCGUAUGCCUUAACAAGUUU